GGAUCAAGUACCUGAGUUUUUGUACACUCUCAGCCAACAUAAGGUCCCUGUGUUAAUAUUCUCUGCUGGCUUGGGGGAUGUCGUAGAAUUGCUCUUAAAAAAGUUCAAAUUAUUUUAUGAAAACAUCAAAAUUGUGUCUAACUUCAUGUCUUUCAACCAAGAGGGUUUCUUAGUCGGAUUCCAAGAGAAGAUAAUACAUUCUUUCAAUAAAAACCCUGCUAGUAUAUCUAGUAGCGAAUUUUUUAAGUGGAAACUACCGCACAGGCGCUUUGUUCUCUUGAUCGGGGAUUCCACGGGCGAUGUGAACAUGGCGAAUGGUCUUUUCCUUGAUUGCAAUACUCCAAACUGUCUUUCUAACAGUAUCCCUUCAGAUGAUAGUAGAUCUUGCACAGAAGGGUUUUCUUCUAAAGAUUCCAGGCCGAACUUAUCUUGCUCUUUGCACAAUGUCUUCAAAAUAGGUUUUCUCAAUCACUCGAGACGGCCUGAGGUACAAUAG